AUGCGAGCAACGGACCUGUUGAUCGCCAUCGGGGCUACCCUCGGUUUUGCGUCCGCAGAUGUAGUCUGCAAUACGGAGGCACUGCACCAUGCGGCGCAAGUCAUCGCAGACACCGCGAAUAAAGGAUUUGAAAAAUCAGUCAAGGCCCUCUGCAGCAGCCGCAUUGUUGAAGGCAUCGCUGAAAUUCAAUCUGGAUCGAUCAUCCUGGGCCUCAAUCGCACCUGCAGUGAUUGCAACAGCAACGACUGCGCACAGCAGUUCGAUUCCAUCAUCAAGGAAUGUGUCACCGGCCAGGAACUCGGCGGUGGCAUUGCCAUCACUGAUGGAAUAACAGUGGAGGUCUCCAUUGAUACUUCGCUGAGCGAAGCUUCAAAAUCGAAGGCUCUAGAUGCUAGAAGGGUGAGGAAAGCAAAGACAAGGACAAAGCACAAGACGAAGGCAAAAAAGGCAAAGAAAACAAAGUCUAGAACGAAGCCUAAGAAGACAAAGACAAAGCCGAGACCAAAGAAGACUAAGACGAAGCCCAAGGAGACCAAGUCCAAAGCCUGCCCGAUUAAGAACAAGAAGACUCAUGGCAAGAAGGGUUCCAAACAUGGCCUUCGGAGCCUCAUCCCAACACUCUUUCCUAGGACGGGAUCCCGACAAAGUUCCUCGGACGAAUGUGGAGAUUUCGACGAGAACAUGCAUACACCCGCUGGUUGGGGGGAGACCUACUUCGGAUUCACAGAAGACGGCACCAUGACCCCGAAGAAACUUGCAUCCCUCGCCAAGAAAGCCUGGGAGCAGGCCCACAAUAAGAGACCCACAAAGUUAUUGCUGGUGGCUGCCCUGUAUGUCCCUAAACACGGAGUCUAUUUCGGGACCAUCCCCCAUAAAGGCGGUGAAGACAAGUUCAAGGCAGAUUGUGCAAGGUUUACAGCCCUGUGGGACCGAUUCCUGAAGGAACGAAAAUUCGGCUCUGCUUCUGCAAGUCAGCAGUUGUACCAUGCUGAGGAUGCAGCCAUGUUGUAUGCUUUCGAGAAAGGGGCUUUCGGGCACGGUCCUGAAUUUCCGCCAGGAUCCAUGAUGGUAACUUACGGCGAGAAAAACGCAAGAGGUACCCCUCCACAACAUGUUGCCACAUGCUCUGUGGGCAAUACCAACAUUACACCAAACUGCAACCAGGUGCUCCGUUAUAUGGGAGUCAAAGAAGGAUAG